AUGCUAGUGCAGGCCUCCCCGGACGUCCUGGGCGCUCUAGCUCGCGCCAAGGCGUCGGCUGAGGCGUUGGCCUCGCCGGAGCCGGCCACGGCGCUGGACCUGGCGGCGGAGCGCGCCCGGCGGGUCGCCGCCUUCGUCAAGACGCCCAACGCCGAGGAGCUGCCGCCCUUGGCAGUGCGCAGCCUCAAGGAGGCCAUCCAGGCUUCCCACACAGCGCUGCUGAGCGCGGCGGCUGUGAAGGAGUCGGAGGCCUCCGGGCGGGCGGCUCUGGCGGAGGAGACCAUCCUGCAAGACUCGCCCCUGCGCGAGGCGCAAGGACUGAUGGACAGCAUCAGCCGCUACAUGCACCCCUUGGAUCCCUUGAAACACUUCACCACCACAGCAGGGCCCAAUGCCUCGGCCCUGAAGCCUCAAAAGCUGGAGCCGGGCGCCUGCGUCAACGACUGCUCCGGCCACGGCAGCUGCUCCAUGGGCGCCUGCCGCUGCGCGGAGGGCUGGGCCGGGGAGGCCUGCGACCUAGUGCGGUGCAGCAAGGACUGCAGCGGUCGGGGGAGCUGCUUGGACGGGCAGUGCGCCUGCAACGCCGCCUUCUACGGUGCCGCCUGCGAGUUUCCGCGCUGCAAGAACGACUGCAGUGGCCACGGAUACUGCGACAGCGGCUCUUGCGUUUGCAGCGGCGGCUUCCGCGGCGAGAGCUGUGAGACCCGUGAGGUGGCGGCGCCGGUGCCGGUGGCUCACCGUCCCGAGCCGGAGGCGGCGGCUCCUGUGCUGGACACCCGGAAGGUGCAGAGCAUUGCGCCGCCGAGCUGCCCACAGGACUGCAACCAGCGCGGCAGGUGCGAGCUGGACGGCACCUGCACGUGCGUCUCCAACUACACGGGCCUCGCCUGUGAGAACCACUGCCCCAGUGCCUGCAGCGGCCAGGGCGCAUGCACCGGAGGCCAAUGCAUUUGCUUCUUCGGCUUCGGGGGUGUGGACUGCUCCCUCUCCAUGUGCUGCAACGGCCACGGGGACUGCCCCAUCCCAGGCACCUGCAAGUGCCACCCUGGGUGGAUGGGCGAGCAGUGCGAGAUCGAGAAGAAGUGCCCCGACGCGGAUUGCUCAGGGCAUGGGACCUGCUUCCUGGGCACUUGCAGGUGCCAAGCCAACUGGGCGGGAGUCGCCUGCCAGCAGUACGUGCCCCCGCCCCUGCCGCCCGGCAUGGCGGCCCAAGCGUAUGCCUCUGGCGGCAUGGUGCCUCCGGAAAUCUCCGGCGUGCCAGCAGACGCCAUGCCGCAGCCUGCGGUCGAGCCGAAAGCCCUGGGCCUGAUGGCGAUGAAGGCGCGCAGCGGCCUGCCCGAAGCACCGGACUGCCUGCAGCCCUAG